AUGUUACCACCCUCUGUAGCCAAGAUCGCCCGGCGUUCCCCGGCACUCACGAGAGCUGCCUCUACGGCGACGGCGCAAAAAGCCGUAAAGAAGGAGGGAGACAUCUCUGAUGCCUUUGUUUCCUUGUCUGGCGCCAGGCGGCCGCCUCUGCCGGACCGCUUUCGAAAACUAAAGUGUGACUUGGUCAGGGGCAGGGAGAGGCAGAUUGCUGAUAGCUGGACGAGACUGCUCCGGCGGUUGAGGGCAGAGAAUGAGAUCAUUGCCCAAAAAGGAUCAGACGUCAUCCCUCAGGUGAACUUUGCUGACUUGGAGGCGGGGUGUGAAGGGCUGAAGGAGGAGAUUAGGAAACGUGGUGCCAUUGUCGUCAGGGGGGUGGUUCCCGAGGGAGAGGCAAGGGCUUACAAGGAGGAGAUUGAGGACUAUGUAAACAAGAAUCCGUGGACUCGAGCGUUUCCCGCGGACAACCCGCAAGUAUACGAGCUGUACUGGUCCACGCCGCAGCUCAAGGCCCGCUCACACCCGUCCCUAUUGCAAGUACAACACCGUCUCAUGUCUUUACUCUGGCAUACCUCGUCGGAUCAAGCACAGAUAUCUCUGCAGAAUCCUCUUUCCUACGCCGAUCGGUUGCGCAUCCGACAGCCGGGCGAUGCUACAUUUGCGCUGGGCCCGCAUAUUGACGGCGGCAGCGUGGAGAGAUGGGAGAGGAACGGAUACGGGCUCGGCGGCGUCUAUGAUAGAAUCUUGCAAGGAGACUGGGAAAAGUACGACCCGUGGGACGCCAGUGGUCGCGUCCAAGCAGUCAACAACUUGUACGAUGGCCUAGGCGCCUGCACCAUGUUCAGAAUGUGGCAAGGCUGGAUGAGCAUGAGCGAAUCUGGGCCUCGCGAGGGAACUCUGCUGGUCAACCCUCUUAUGCACAUGGCAACGGCUUACGUGCUGCUUCGCCCAUUCUUCGCCCCGUUGAACGAAUCCAAGACGUCGACGGGAUUCCUCGACGAGAGCAACUGGAAGUUGAUUAGUGAGGCUGAUAUGAGCAGCGAAUUGCAAGGUGCUUCACCUGGCCAUGGACAGGAACUCACCGACGAGCUGCACCCGCAUCUCGAGCUGGAGCGAACCAUGGUGCAUGUGCCAAAAAUCAAGCCUGGUGAUUUCGUUGCAUGGCAUUGUGACACUAUCCAUUCCGUCGACAAGGUCCACGGCGGCCGCGGAGAUUCCAGUGUCAUGUAUAUUCCCGUAUGCCCUGUGACGGACAUCAAUGCCGCAUAUAUUGCGCGCCAGCGACAGGCCUUUCGUGACGGAACACCAGGGCCGGACUUCCCUGGUGGCGAGGGCGAAUCUCGACACGUCGGCCGACCGACCGAAGACAUGUUGCGUAGCUGGACAAAUGGCAUUGGACGCCAAGCAUUUGGCCUUGACAAGAUUGAAGUGCGAGACGGUGCUUCGCCUGGCGAAAGAGAGGUUGUGGAAAGGGCAAAUGUCACCUUGGGAUUCUGA